CUCAAGAGCUGUGUUCAUUCGCGGGGCGACUCUUGACGCGCGCGGACGUUGCGCGCCCGGGCGCUAACUCGAAACUUUUCACCAUACGCAGGCAGUAGGCCGAUUCACCAUGAGAGCUGGAAGGGCGAUAGCCCUCCUGCUCUUACUAUCCACCAUACAGAUAUCCAGAACAGAAGACCUAUAUCUGGAAGGCGAGGAAGAUGCGUCGAACGAAUUCCUGGAAGUGAAGGACACGGACACCGGCAUAGGCAGUCAUCUCCGGAGACUCAAGAGGCAGUGGUUCAAUUUCUUCGAACCAUUCUCUUCAAGCUCAACGACCACUGAAAGUCCAGAUUUGGAGGAGACUGCUACGGAAGAUACCGAAGACAGUGAUCUGAAGGAUGAUCUUGAUGACCAUUUUGGAUCAGGGUUUCCGGACAAGGUCGAACCAGAUCAUAAAGAAAAAACUCUUCGAGUGACCUUCGUGGUGAUGGAGCCUUACCAACACGAGUACUCCAACAGAGAUUCUCCUCAGUUCCGGAACUUCUCGCGAACCAUCGCGGACGCCGUGGACCAGCUGUACGAACCACUUGGGACCAGAAGGACCAGCCUUGUCCGCAUCCAAUCGCGAGUCAGCGACGAGUUUUCUUGCAAGGUUACCUUGGACAUAUUGACAACUGGCUACGAAGAUAUCAACAGAUUGAGCGAUAUCUUGAGAGACCACAUCAAGAAUCGUCGGGAGCUCGCGAGUGGAACACGACGGGUGACCGUUAGUGAUGCCGACUUCUCUGCUAAUAUCAUCGACCCAGACACUCCUCUCGGGCCCUGCGGUGACGGUGAGGUGGCCUGCGACUUGGACCGCUGCUUCCCAGCCAGCAGCCGCUGCAACGGGGUCGUUGAGUGUCACGAUGGAACUGACGAGCUUAACUGCCAGUCUCAAUCUGAACGUGAAACCACAACAGUCCUGGCCACUGAAACAUACAUCAACCCUCAGUGCUCGAACCCCAUCCCCUGCCAGGAGUCAGAGACCUCAUACUGCCCUGAGCAGAAAUGCGAUGGAUACUACGACUGUCCCAAUCAGGACGACGAACAGAAUUGCGAAUCUAUACAACCAGAAGAACGACCCGAGCCCGAAGCGCCAGCCCCAGCGACCGAGCCUCCUCUACCUUGCGAAUUCCCUGUUGAAUGUCAGGACACUGACGUCAAAUACUGUCCAAUACAGAGAUGCGAUGGCAUAUUCGACUGCCCUUAUCAAGAUGAUGAGGAGAACUGUAAUAAUGACGUUGACCAGAAUCAGGAAAUUGAGACGGCUCCAAGGCGCGGUUUAACGCCCCUCGAAGGGCCGCCAAAACCGGCGUGCGCUAAUCCCAUACCCUGCCAAGAUUCUACAGUAACGUACUGUCCUGAACAGCGUUGUAAUAGCUAUUACGAUUGCCCCAACCAAGAUGACGAAUUUGGGUGUAACAUUGAUUUCCCGAAUCCAACGCCAGCGCCGGCGACUUCACCCCCGUCAACAGUGGCGACGUCUCAAGGUUUCGACUGUCCUAACCAUGAACAGAACUGUUCUGGUGAACCACAAUCGACUGAGUGUGCCCCGGGAGAAUUCCAGUGCGACGAAACCAGGUGUCUUCUCGCCACUCAACAAUGUGAUGGUGUUGCGGACUGCUACGAUCAAACAGACGAAGCCGAUUGCAAACUGGUAGGCGCCGACGAUUUCCGAUGCAGCGACGGACGAAGCCUCGAAGCCUCAAGAAAGUGUGAUGGAGUCAGAGAUUGCAUUUACGGUGAAGACGAAAGGGAUUGCGACUGCUUAAGCAACGAGUUCCAAUGCUCCCAAGACAGAUCAUGUAUUGAAGCUAGGCGAAAAUGCGACGGUUAUAACGACUGCAGUGACGGCUCUGACGAAUUGGGAUGUGACCUUGAGGAGCAGUUUGUGUGCGACAAUAAGCAAAUUAUUCCUAAAAGUCAGAGGUGUGAUAAAGUUUACGAUUGUGAUGACUACUCUGAUGAGAAAAAAUGUCCAUGCGGUGACAAAGACUUCAAAUGUAACAACGGUUUUUGCAUCCAUGCACGAAAACGAUGUGAUGGGACACAUGAUUGUCAGGAUGGCUCAGAUGAACACGAUUGCGAGAAUGCAGGGACGGAUAAUGUGGCAUGCAUGGCUAAUAACUACGAAUGCUCAAACGGCGACUGUGUUCCCGCUGACGCAAAAUGCAAUGGUGUACAAGACUGCUCAGAUGGUUCUGAUGAGUCAGACUGUCAUUGUAAAAGAGACGAAUUCCAUUGCCAAAACACUGAUGAGUGUAUUAGCUUUGACAAACGAUGUAACGGUGAACUUGAUUGUACUUUCGGAGAAGAUGAAUCUAAUUGCGGAAAUAAUUGUCCCGACGGCCAUAUUUCCUGCUUAAUCAGCGUCACCAAUGUCGUGUCGUGUGCAAAAACAUGUGAUGGAAAAAUCGAUUGUCUAAAUGGCGAAGAUGAGAGUAAUUGUGGCGAUCAAGAAUGCCACUUCUGCGACUACAAGUGCUUGGAAAGCUGGAGAAUCUGCGACGGUAUCCCUGACUGUUCUGAUGAGAGUGAUGAAGAAGAAUGCGCCCUAUGCAACGGCCCAGACGACUUUCGGUGUGACAACGACGAGUGCAUCAAUAGGAAUUUGCAGUGCAACAACAUCCCGGAAUGCAGCGAUGGCAGCGACGAGCUGAACUGCAAGAAUAUCACGAACCCCAUUUCAUCAGACUGUUACGGACAGUUCGAAUGUCGAGAUGGGGCCUGUAUCAACAAAGACUUCUUCUGUGAUGGGCAUCAGGACUGCCGCGAUAAUUCCGACGAAGAAAAUUGUCCAUGUAAGGAGGGCGACUUCCAAUGCAGAUCCGGCCAGUGCAUACCUGAGACCUAUUUGUGUGACGGAUAUGCCCAAUGCGAUGAUAGUUCCGAUGAAUCCAACUGCCCAUCGAUGUAUGAAACAACUGUACCCAUCUUUACCACACAUCGGCCGGAUAUUCCAAGACCAUCUUUUGAAGAAACCACUCCAAGAUAUAGAAAACCAUCAGUAUGCAGUAGUUCCCAGUGGCAAUGCGAAAGUGGACCAUGUAUCGAGGUUCAGCGCCGGUGCGACGGCCAUCUUGACUGUCCGGGCUUGGACUCCAGUGACGAAUUUAACUGUCCUCCUGGCAGUCCAAUUGCACUGAAUCUCAAAACAUAUCCUGAACAGCAGACCGUUUCGUACUCCAAUAAUUACCAUGUUGGAGAUGUGGUCUUUGAUUGUCGUGAUGAAGGACCCAAUCGUGCCAAAGUUACAUGGAUUAGAGGAGAUGGCAACAGAAUGAAGCCAGACUAUAACGUUACUGGUGGACGUCUCAUUCUAAAUAACGUUACGACUGCUGACAGUGGUACAUACAUCUGCCAAGCUACUGACUACCUCAGCCAACCUGGUGCUCAGAAACCUGUCUACUUGACAGUCGAAAAGCAAGUGGUCAAUGCCAGGAACAGGGUUCCCGCAUGCGGAGCUCAUGAAGCGACCUGCUCCAAUCUCAAGUGUAUCCCAAAGUCUGCCAUCUGUGACGGUCGUCAAGAUUGCGGCGAUGGCUCCGAUGAACACAGCUGUGGAUCAUCUUUCGCCGAUGCACCAGGCUGUCAGCCAAACCAAUUCCGGUGCGCCAACAACCGCUGCAUCCUAAAAACCUGGGUCUGUGAUAGCGAGAAUGAUUGUGACGACUUUUCUGACGAAGACCCCCUGCAGUGUGGUGCUCAGAACUCCACCUAUGGUUGCAAUGCCGUGGAAUACGCGUGCCAAUCUGGAGGGCAAUGUAUACCAAAAAGCUACCACUGCGACGGACAAGCUGAUUGUAGGGAUGGAUCUGAUGAGAAUUGCGCUCCGAUCACCAUUCAGCUGCCUCCUCAACCGCCCACGGUCCGUAUCUUCGUCGGCGAUGUCCUUCGUCUCCGGUGCAAGGCUGUCGGUAUCCCUACUCCUCUGAUAUCCUGGCGGCUGAACUGGGGACAUGUCCCGCCUCAAUGCACGUCCACUAGUGAAGGCGGUGAAGGGCACCUGGUUUGCCCUGAUAUGAAGGUUGAGCAUAGUGGUGCCUAUUCGUGCGAAGCUCUGAACAACAAAGGAGCCUCGUUCGCCGUUCCCGACUCUAUUGUCAUCGUUGAGAAUCCUGACACGGAAGUCUGCCCGAGCGGAAAGUUCAAUAGUGAGGCUCAAGAUUCUUCAGAGUGCAUUUCUUGCUUCUGCUUCGGCAAGUCCAACCAAUGCAAGAGCGCCGACCUCUUCGUCUACGAUAUGGCUCAGCCGUUAGGUCAAGGAGGCACUAGGCUUGUUGGCGUCAAGUUGGACCAGGGCCCUCAGAUCGAUACCCAGUCUAUUACCAAUGAGUUUUACUACCAGCCUCAAAGAAAUGGCGCUUCGGUAACAAAAUUGUCUUACGGAUCACUAGGCAGAUCGUCCUCUUACCCAUACCUGACCGUACCAGCAUCUUAUACUGGAAACCAACUGACUUCAUAUGGAGGAGACAUCAAGUACAGGCUCUCUUCUCAGUCCACGUACCCGUCUGCGAGAUACGACAACAAUGUGCCAGAUAUAAUCAUCAUGGGCAAAUACGAAACUUUGGUCUACACCCAGAAUGGAGACAAGUCCACCAUUCAGGUCAAACUGGUGCCCGGUAGCUGGCUGAAGUAUUCUUCAGGGAGACCAACUCCGGCUUCUAGAGAAGACAUCAUGAUGGCCCUGGACAACGUGGAGAACAUUCUUCUCCGUGCAGAACUCAACGGCGCAGGCGUCGACAUCACAGAUUUCUUAAUGCAAUCCGCGCAACACAUUGACGCGGGUCUUGGCCCAGCUAACUUAGUGGAAGAAUGUAUUUGCCCUGAUGGAUACACUGGAUUGUCUUGUCAGAACUGUGCGUCAGGUUACGAGCGCGACAGCUCCGGCCCGUGGCUUGGACACUGUCGUCCGCAACGCAAACAGUGUCCCCCGGGGACAUUCGGUGACCCAUCCCUGGGCUAUGCCUGCACCCCGUGCCCUUGCCCUCAUACAUCAGCCCCUAACCAAUUCGCGUCCACUUGCUAUCUUGGACCUAGUGGCGUUGUUUGCGAUUGUCAGCCUGGAUAUGAAGGAAAUAACUGCGAACGUUGCUCAGAUGAUUACGUGGGCAAUCCUCUCGUCCCAGGUGAUUCCUGCCGUCCCAAACAAAGUUCUCCAUGUGAUCCCACAGGAACUAGUCAAGUAUUGUUACUGGAUCGAUGUGAUUGCAAGGACAAUGUGCAGGGACAAUACUGUGAUCAGUGCAAGCCUGGAUUCUACUAUCUUUCGCCAGACUUCGCCCACGGUUGUGCGGCCUGUUUCUGCUCAGGCGUGACCCAAAACUGCGGCAGCAGCAACCUCCGAAGAAAAACCACCUAUGCCGUCUUCAAUACAGAAUCUAGUGUCCAACAAUUGGAGGUCUACAGUAGUACAAGUUCUAGAUCUGGCUACAAUGCCCCAGCCGCCACUGAUGUUAAGCCAGUUCUCGACAGAGGAGUCGCGAGAGCAGACAUUGAUAGCAGAUCUGAGGAUGCCUAUUACUGGAGCCUACCGGCUAGUUUUGCCGGAGACAAAGUGACAUCGUAUGGCGGUAACCUCUACUACACCUUGGAAAAUGUCCCAUACGGCUACAGCCCGGGCAAUAACGCUGCCGACGUUCAACUUAUUAGCGACAACAGUUUGACGUUCCACCACGUAGUCGACGCAAGGCCUUCCACAUCUGGCGUUUUGAAUGUGACUGUACCAAUCUUUGAGAAUAACUGGAUGAGAGUUGACGGCAAAGAAGUUCCUCGCGAACAGUUCCUCCUAGCUCUCGCUGACGUCAAGACCAUUCUAGUCAAAGCUCGGUACGACCGUGGAAACCAAUUAGCUUACCUCAGCAGAGCUAGCAUUGAGACUGCUGAGCCCGGAGGCAGUGGACCAGUAGCUUUACACGUGGAGCAGUGCGUCUGCCCUAGGGAAUAUAUCGGAACCUCUUGUGAAGACUGCGCUCCUGGUUAUAAGAGAUAUCCUCACGGUCUUUAUUUGGAGAAAUGCGGACCCUGCGAAUGUAACGGUCAUGCGAGAAUGUGCGACCCCGACACUGGCGUUUGUAUGAAUUGCGCAGACAAUACCGCUGGGGACUUCUGCGAAGAGUGUCUACCGGGAUACGAGAAAGAUUCCUACGGAAGCUGUGUUUCGCAAAAACAACCAUCAUGCUCUUGUGACCCUCGCGGCGUCACCUUGCCGUGCGAAGAGAUUGGCUACUGUCAAUGUAAGCCAAAUGUUGAGGGAUACUCCUGCGAGCGCUGCCGAUCUGGUACCUUCGGCUUGGACAGCCAAAACCCAGCUGGAUGUCUGUCUUGCUAUUGCUCGGGUGCCACCACUGAAUGUCACGAGACACGCAAUUACAAGAGAAUACCAAUGGCGGCGCCAAUAUUCGGAGAUAAAUACGGAGGUUAUUCUAUCACGAACCUGAACGGAAACAACGUGGUAGCAAGCAACUUCGUUCCGAUGCCCGACUACAGCGAGCUAAUGUAUACUUUCCCAUUCCCGCCCAAUGAAGAGCUGUUCUGGUCGCUCCCAGUUUUCCCAGGCAACAGAGUACUCUCAUAUGGAGGUGUUCUCCAAUUCGAGCAGAAGUUUGAGGACCACUCUCCCGGGGCCGUCGCCGAUACUCACAAACACGUGAUCCUCAUCGGAGACGAUACUUCCGUCGCAUGGAACAGUCCGCAACCAAUUAGGACCGGGGAGAAACUGCAAGUGCCUCUUCAAGAAGGAGAGUGGUAUCUCCUGAACACCGCUGUCCCAGCCAGUCGCAACGAUUUCAUGAAUGUGUUGAAGUCUCUUCGAAGAGUGCUGGUGAAAGCCACUCUGACCCGCAACCUCCUCUCCACAUCCAUCGCCGACGUCUCUAUGGACACUGCCACUAUUAUCUCUGGAUCCGAAUAUGAACCAGUCAGAGGCAUUGAGGUGUGCAUGUGCCCAUCGGGCUACACUGGCACCAGUUGCGAGACCUGCGCUACCGGAUACUACAAGGACGAGCGUGGUUUGUGCCGAGAAUGCAGCUGCAACGGUCACGAAUGCGAACUGAACAUGAAUGGCCAAGUAGUCUGCAUCUGCCGCCCACCAUAUACCGGCCCCACUUGCUCUACCUUUGGGCUGGCAAUGGAACUCCAACCGACUAUCGAGGAGGACCCUGAAAAUGGCCCGAUGUUCAGAAAGAUCACAUUGACCUGCAAAUACUCCGCUCACGAGCCUCUCACCAUCAGAUUCUAUUCAGAGGGCAAUGAUGUCGGUAUCCCGAAGUUGUAUAACGAAUCAGUAUUUGAUAGAGAUGGGUGGAGGGGCGAACAUGUUUGGCAUACUAUCUGGCAUGUCAGAACAGAUACAGUUUAUGAAUGCCAUACUAUCACCAAGAAAGGCGCAACCAUGGGAGUUUUGACAACUUCCUUGCCAGAUUCAGAAUCGGUAAAUCAAGAAAAGGUUACGACGAUCCCACCUCCGAUAUUACCAACGAUAAUAGUCACAAUCAGUCAACCAAUUGUAAUUAAAGAGAUCGGUGGUUCUGUUACCUUCACGUGUCAAGCACGGAGCCGAAUGGCCACUGGCUACCUUCCAGUGAGGUGGUCCAAGGCUGGAGGAUAUCUUCCUCGGAACAGGGCUAUUGUCGAUGAGAACUCAGGAACUCUGAUCAUAAUGCAGCUGCAAAAGACUGACACUGGAAACUACAUCUGUGAGACCACUGACGGACACACAAGUAACCAGGCUGUUGCUACCCUUACUGUUGGAGACAACCUCCGACGGCAACCCGAAGUUUCGAUCGAACCAGCCGUCAAUGAAUACAACGAAGGUGACAGAAUCGAACUUAUCUGUCGUGCUAGUGGCAACCCUGAGCCGACCAUCUCGUGGCGUAGGGCUGACUCUCGCAAACCACUACCCACCUCCGCUGCAGUCUAUGGUGGUACUCUGAUCAUCCAGGAAGCUGUUGAAGAUGAUUCUGGAGAUUAUAGAUGCAUCGCCAGCAACUCAGAAGGCUCAUCAGACAGGAUUGCUCUCAUCUCGGUCCGGCCCAGACCUCACAGUCCUCAACGUGACAGACUCACAGUGUCCAACACCUCUCCAAUCAUCAAUGAAGGAAACAACACAAGUGUAACUUGCACGGGAACCCCUGGCAUCCCAGCUGGAACCUUGCAAUGGGUUAGGCAAGACGGCUCAGAUCUUCAAUACAAUGUGCGAUCCGAGAAUGGUGUCUUAUACGUCGAGAAUGCUCAGCCAGAGAACCAAGGAGUAUACGUCUGUCAAACAAUUUACGGCCGCGUCAACCCUAUAGCAAUCAGCCUGACUGUCAUCCCCUUUGUCAGUUCCCCGGAAGAUGAGCCAAAUAUCACGCUAUCCGUAAGCAGCCUGAGAAUACCUACUGGAGGAAGUGGAUCUGUAGAAUGUAUCCCUUCAGGAUACCCUCUACCUACCAUCAAGUGGACUAGGAGUGUCGGUCAAUUUGGUCCUGGCACUAGUCAGCGAGGCAACUCCUUAUUUAUCAUCAACGCCCAGAAUGAUGACCAGGACUACUAUCAGUGUGAAGGUCUCAUCAAUGGAGAGGCAAGAGCCAACAUCUACGUCUAUAUUGAAAUUGAAAGACGGGAAGCGCCACAAGUCCGUAUCUACCCAGAAGACCCUCAGCCAGUAACCAUCGGCGACUCGUACGAGCUGCAUUGCCGCGUGCUCGGAGGCAUCCCGGAGCCUGACGUCACGUGGGAGAGCAGCAGGCCCAUGACCCGAAACGCGCAGAUACUGCCCGACAAUAUCUUGAAAUUUGAAAACAUCGACGUCAACGAUGAAGGUGCAUACACUUGCACCGCAUCCAACUUGGCCGGGAAAGCUAACGCCACGGCUAUAGUCAGGGUGCAGUCAUACCCAGUCAUCAAUAUGACUCCGAGCAACCAAAUCUUGGCGCAGUUGGGAGACGCCAUCAACUUCCAGUGCCGUGCCACGGGAGUUCCUCUACCGAUGGUCUCCAUCAAAUACGAAAACGGCAACGAAAUCGUGCCACCUUCCCCCGGUUUAGCUGUUCUCCGAAUCAAGUCGGCGUCAGAGCGCGACGCGGGCGCUUACCGCUGCGUUGCAUCCUCUCUCGCAGGAACCCUAGACGAACCCUUCAUCAUCGACCUGAACAGAGGUGAUCUGGGCUUUGACCCCACCCGUACUGAUCAACCUGACUACGAUCCUGGGUAUCCCGACUAUAAGCCAUACAACCCUGGCAACAACAAUGGACUCGAUCAACAACCAGGGUCCAACCAAAUCGUCCUGAUCGAGGGUCAUGAGAAUAUCUUAAGAUGCGACGCAGAAGGAUAUGAAGCCAGAUGGUCCCGGGCCGACAGACAACCGUUACAGAGCAGCGCUCAACAAUAUGGAGAUCAAUUGAUCUUCACUGGUACCUCGAAGGCCGACUCUGGCGACUAUGAGUGUAUCCUCUCCGACCCACGCACCCGAGACCCGGUUAACGCUAUCACAUACCGAGUGGAAGUUCUCUCCCCCCCGCGAAUCACCAUCCAGCCCCCGACCCAGACCGUACAUCCUGGACAAUCCACCAACGUGGACUGUAUAGUUGACGGAGAUCAAAUUGAGAACGUCACGUGGCUGCUGAGCAAACAAUCCAGCCGCAUCGAGGUACAAAACUCCCGCCUGAUCUUCCACCAAAUCGAAGUCGACGAUGCUGGGGACUACGUCUGCACCGCACGGAACCCUGUCGCUGAAGCCAAUGGCACAGCCAAGGUCAUCGUCACAGACGAUACUCGAACGCCGAAGAAAUCGAAGAACAUUGAGCAGUUUGCACUAGUCAACAGCAGUGUGCAUCUGAACUGUUCGUCGAAACAGCGGCAUACGACGACGGAAUGGAAAAAAGACGGAAAACCGGUGCCACGCCGUUUGAAAAUAAGGCUGGAUGGAUCUCUGUACAUUAGAACAGCUAAACUUAACGACAGUGGACGAUACGACUGCAUUAUUAAGGACGCGUACGGUCGACAAACUACUAGGCACAUCAUUCUUCACGUGUCGGGGCCCCCGAUGACGUCAGCGUUGGUGACCAUCGACCAGCCCAGGAGACAGUACCGAGUAGGGGAGAACGUUGAGGUGACCUGCAGGAAGGCGUCACGUGACACCAGCGCCUCCUGGGAGAAGUACGGCACCAGGGAGUUUGUGGAAACCAGGGAAUACAACGAAGGCAUAGUAUUAAUCAUCGGUGGAGUUGAGGAGUCAGACGCUGGAGUGUACAGGUGUUCAGGUCGCGACCGCUACGGCCUUUCUAGCUUUGAGGACUUCGAUCUCACUGUCAUUCCUAGCCAACCGGGCACCUACUACCCGACUGGUAGCCAAGACGUGCACCUGGCUCACGUAGGGCAGACCAUCGACAUGCCCUGCCGACACAACCUGGAGCAGCCGGUCUACAUCGAGUGGAGGAAGGAAUACUCUUCUUCGCUACCAUCAUAUGUACGACAGAAUGAGCCAAUCCUGACCCUGAUCAACAUCACCGAAGCCGACGCAGGCACGUACGUCUGCCGUAUCAGCAGCCAACGUGCUGCAAUCGAAGCACGAUCCACCCUGAAGGUCACCGGCGUUAUCCCACGCUUCGAUGGGAACAGCUGGCUCGCUAUCCCUACUAUCAAGGACGCAUACAGGCAGUUUGAUGUCGUAGUCGCCUUCAAAGCUUUAACUGCUGACGGCACCAUUCUGUACAACAACCAACGGCCUGAUGACUCAGGCGACUAUCUUGCGCUGCAACUAGUGAAUGGAAUCCCGGUGUUCACCCUGGAGACUGGAUCCUCGACGCCUCUGGUGGUGGAAGGUGACCGCCCGUUGCAACUCAACUCGUGGCACACGAUUCGACUGGGCAGGGUGAACAGCAAAGUGUCCAUGUAUGUCGAUGAGAUCGGACCAUUUGUGAACGAGCUGCGCUCACCUUGGGAAGUGUUGGAUCUCUCUGAUCCAAUGUAUGUUGGUUCAGUCCCGGAUAACGUCAUUCUGCCGUCUAAUCUGAACGUAACCUAUGGUUUCGUGGGCUGCAUUAGCUUGCUGGAGCUCAGCAACCGGGACGUCAACCUGAUUCCGGACAGCACUGACUCCAGGAACGUCGGCGAAUGCGACACUUGCUCACCCAACUUGUGCCUCAACGAAGGUGUCUGCCAGGAGGCCCGAAACGACCACGGCUACGUGUGCCUGUGCACCCCAGGAUUCGCGGGCCUCAACUGCAACCGCACUGGCUCCGCCUGCAGGCCCGGCCUCUGCGGCCCCGGCAGGUGCACCGACACCACCGAUGGCUACAGCUGCGCUUGCCCCGUCACCUACACCGGCAAGAAUUGCGAUGUCAAACAGUUCAUCGAGUACCCAGCUUUCACGGGCAGCGCAUACCUCGCCAUCAAGGUCCCGACCACAUCCCGCAUACUCAGGGUCGGGAUGAACGUGAAGGCAGCUCAGCCGGUCGCUGAUGGUAUCAUCAUGUACUGGGCCGAGUCUGCUAAGGGAACUGGCGGCUUCACCUCUCUAACCGUUCGCAAUGGAAAACUUGAGUUCACUUAUGAUCUUGGAGACGGCUUCCCAGUCGUGAUCUCCUCGAACAAGUUGCUGCAGGCUAAUGAAUGGACGGAUGUCAGCAUUGCGCGAGUUGGCUCUGUCAUCUCACUGACGGUCAACCAAGUCCAUACCUACGAGGGCAGGCUAGCUUCACACACCACGGAUUUGACUCUGGACACCCCGUUGUUCGUUGGAGGUGUGGAUGAGUCCAUUAUUCUGAAUGAGAAUGUUGGCGUUAGUGAUGGUUUCAACGGAUGCAUCAAGGACCUUUCUGUGUUCAACGAUCCUGUAAACAUCAUCAACUCCUCGAUCCAAUCGGCCAACAUCAAGGAAUGCAGUACUUAUGACCGGGGCGACAUUCCCGAGUCUGAAAGCGUGUGCUCUCAAUGCCGCAACGGAGGUGCCUGUGAACCUGAUUCCUCUGUCUGCUCCUGCCCGCUUGGUUUCUCCGGAACUUACUGCGAGAACCGAGUCUCAGAUAACCGCCCCUCGGAGAACAUUGCCCGCAUCCCCCGCUCCCCCUGCGCCGACUCCCCAUGCAGGAAUGGAGGCACUUGCAAGGGUGACUUCAACGCCAGAAUGAAGUAUUCCUGCGACUGCCCUCUUGGAUACUCCGGCGCUAAUUGCCAGAUGCCUCUGCAACUGCUACAAAGCGUGGCUUUCAACGGUAACGGUUACAUUGAGCUGCCAGCGUCCCUGAUCGACUACGACAACCUGGAGAUGGACCCGGCGGUCAUUGCUCUUGCCAUGCAUACCAACGAGGACGGCGUUCUGCUGUACCAACAACAGGCUAUGGUGCCAGCUGGCUAUGGAGACUACAUCUUGAUUAGAGUGGAAAAAGGCGUUGUGAUUUUGGAGUGGGAUAUGGGCGGUGGUGCGUCUUCUCUGACCAUCAAUGACGUCUAUGUAGCUGACGGUGAAAGACAUAAUGUUGUUGUGAAGAUCCUUCCCGAGGGAGAAAUCAACCUAUCCGUAGACUCGAUGUCCAGGAAUGCUGCUACUGACUCCCUGCAGAAGACUCUUAACGCUAACUCUAAUAUUUAUGUUGGUGGGAUCCCGGACAGCUUCAACGUGAACCGUUACCCUGGACUCUCAGGCUGCAUUGAGCAGGUGGAGUUCAUGAACAGCGCCCGCGGUCUGCGUCUGGGCGAAGUCGCCGUGGCUGCCAGGAACACCCAGAUUUGCAAAGAAUAUUAGCUGUUCGACUUUGGAUGUGAAUUCGAUUUAAUAUAGCAUUAAGUCAUACAUUAUACAUACAUUAUAAUGCCAGAUAUUAUAUUAAACUGGUCCCUUCGAAGUUCCACACUAUGAGUCAAUUUGUUAGAUUUUAAUUAUUUUUACAAAUAUUAUCUAAAUUCGCUAACGUUGUUUGUUCUUUUAAAAUUUUAUUGAAUCGAAACGAUGUACUUUAAGUAUUAAGGACAGUUAAGACAAUAUAACUUGAUAAAAUUUAGAUUUAAACGGAAAUGGAAAUUGGCGGUAAGAUUAAAGCAUUUGUAUACUAUUAUAUAGGUAACAGUGGCUUUGUCGUCUCUGUCUAACUUUAGUAACUAGUGAUGAGAGUGAGUGAGAAGGGACUCGGCCUGAUAAAAGCCUUAGCAAAUAUUGCUCGUAAGAGUCGGUUGGUGCCAUAAAUUUGAUUAAUUAUAAUUAAGGCUCUAGAUAGGAUGCAUUUUCUAAUUAACAUUUUUUCAAUUCGAUUUUGGCUUAGUUCGAACGUAAAUCAUCAGAAAUACGCAUCAAAUUGUGAAAUGUGCCAAACUGCGCUGAACUUAUUUUCACUGCCAUUAUUAUUUUUUUUUAUUUCUUAGGCUAUAAACUUUCGCUUUAUAUAUCAACGAAAUAAUUUUACUUAGUGUUUAUUACCCAGUUCAACAAAUGCAUUUAAUUUAUUCUAAUAAUAUAUAUUUUUGGUUAUAUAUUUAGUGGAACGAUUAUUAUAAUGAUAUGCAUUAAAUGUAAUGUUAUCCGUAGCAUAGCUAAGAAUAUAAUAUUAAUAUUAUAAAAAGUGUCUGAAUUCAAAGUACUGAUAAUUGUAUUUUAAACUUUUCCGUGACUAUUUACGAUACUAUUACGGUCGUUUAUCCAUGUAUGUUACUCUAAGUGAUCAAAUAAAACUAACACUAAGGAAAAUCAUGAAUAUGA